AUGAGAGAGUUGGAGAACAAUUUCUCCUCUCCUCCCAGUUGAGUGAAUGUCUGCACCCUUCCUAGUGUAUAUUCUAUAUCAUGUUCUAAUUUCUACUCUUCCCCUACUCUCCUCCAAGUCCUCUCUCGACCCCUUCUCCUUACCUCAAAAAUCUAACAAAGAAAUCAUCUGUUCUUCUCAUGUUCCUAUUCUAAGCAGAUUUGGGGACAAAAUUUCCUCUAUGUUGGAGGGAUGUCUCAUUUUACCACCCCUCUUUGUACAACGGAACUCAACGGGUUCAAUGAACAACACAACCAUCAUGUUGUCGAGAUUGGUCUCGCACUGCUUCACACUAUCUCCUUCCACUCAAGUUUUAUACUUAUGCCUUUCAAACCUUUGUUUACUUACUUAACAGACUCUCAUCCUCAAUUCCCUUCGCAUUUGCCUAGACAUAUUGCUGUAAAGUGGGGACUGGAAAUUUUUUUUGUAAAGAUUGACAUACCGUAGUUUAGUGCUGUUGUUUCAUUCUUUGUACAUGAACAUUAAUUGGUAGCAGCCUCGUAUGAAGAGCUGAUUUGUGUAUGGUGAAAAUUUGGCAAUACAACAUGGAAUUACCA